AUGGCUGUGCGGAACCUAGGACAGAAUGGGAUACUUCUAAGGAGACUGAUCCAGAGUGGUACGCAGCCAUGUAUAUGUCCGUUAACCAAGUACUUUAGACCUAACAUCGCAGCAGAUGCCGGCCGUCUUAAUAUCGCCAGAUAUGCCCACUCUGCUUUCCGGGCGCAGCCUACUUAUCCAGCCCAGCAGUCAGUGAGCCUUGAGCUCGCCCAGCGCCGGUGUGGCUACUCAACUGGCCCAUCCACAUCGCACGGCUCAAACAACUCCAACCCCUUCCCUCCGCCUGGGUUCAAUGUUGAAAAAGCAAAGCAGCCUCUCCCGAAAGAGCCUCAGUCGACAACUGCCUCGUCAGCUGAAGCUAAUACUUCAAGUUCCAUCUCUAGGAGGUUAGACAGUAUAGAGAUUGAGUCAAAGGAGUUAGAGAAAAGGAUACAUGAAGCUGCCGCUGUCGAGGCAUCUGAGAAAGGCCAAGUAGAAGAGAAGAAGGAGGUUAAAAAGCUGACCAUUGGCCAAAAGAUUAAGAAGGAGGUACAGCAUUACUGGGACGGAACAAAACUAUUGGCGGCAGAAGUUAAAAUCAGUUCGAAACUUGCACUUAAGAUGGCUGCAGGAUAUGAACUAACUCGUCUCGUCCCUUUCUCUGCCUUUGUUAUCAUCCCUUUUGCGGAACUGCUUCUUCCGGUGGCUCUGAAGCUCUUCCCCAACCUUCUACCUAGCACCUAUGAAGGCCAAAAGUCCAAGGAUGACAAGGCUGCAACUCUGCGAGGCACACGAAAAGAGGUCUCGAACUUCCUCCAAGGAACUCUCAAGGAAACCGGCCUUCCAGUCAGCCCUGUAAAUGCCAAGAAGGAGGAAUUUACAGAGUUCUUCCGCAAAGUCCGAGCGACAGGAGAAACCCCGUCGGACGAAGAUGUUAUCGCCGUCUGCAAGAUUUUCAAGGAUGAUCUCACGUUGGACAAUCUAUCAAGGCCCCAGCUGGUGGCGAUGUGCAAAUACAUGAAUCUCAACACUUUCGGCACCGAUGCAAUGCUCCGGUACACCAUCCGGGUUCGGAUGCGCCAGAUCAAACGUGAUGAUAGGGCCAUUGCGUACGAAGGAGUUGACUCCCUGCUUAUUCCCGAACUUCAGAUGGCAUGCGCAUCCCGCGGUCUUCGAACCCACGGCCUUUCGCCAGCUAGACUCCGCGAUGAUCUCUCCAUGUGGCUUGACCUCCGCCUGAAGCAGGGUGUCCCAUCUACUCUCCUCGUUCUUAGCAAUGCAUACAUGUAUACCCAGCACUCCCAGGAGUACGAAAUCUCCUCUCAGAUGGACGCUCUCCGAUCCGUCCUUUCCAGUAUCCCCGAGGAGCUCUUCCACGAAAUCGAGCUCGAGGUUCACAAUGCCGAGGGAGCAGCUACAAACAGGCAGCGUCUUGAGGUUGUGAAGGAACAACAGGAACUGAUUGAGGAAGAAAACGAACAGAUCACCGAAAACGGGAAUACGGGUAUGCCAGCGCCAAAAGAUCAUGAGGACAUCGAUGAAAAAGAAGACAAACACGCGGAGGCGUCGGCCGGAGCUGAGUCCACUGCACAGUUCGAAAAGACAGAAAGCGAUACCGCAGCCGAUAAAGAGUCUCCCAAACAGACACAGGCAGAUGACAAAAAGCAGUGA